AGAAUCGGGGGGCGUUCUCUGGGACAGUUUUUGAGGGCGAAGGAUUUGAUGAUCCCCCAGAUGCUUUGUUUCUUGCUCUCUCUUAUUUAGGCGUUGAUGACCUUCUUUCUAUGGAGCAAGUUUGCAGAUCUUUAUGCUGUGUAGUGCAAAACGAUCCGCUCAUAUGGAGAAAUAUAAAGAUAGAUCAUCCUUUGAGUGAUAAGAUUACAGAUGAAGCUUUAUUACAGUUGGCAAACAGGGCCAAGGGACAGCUUUGUUGUUUGAGUCUUGUGGAGUGUUUGAAGAUCACGGAUGGUGGUUUGAAGAAUGUUCUUGAAAGGAAUAAAAGACUGACAAAGCUAAGUGUAGCGGGAUGCAUGAAGCUUAGUAUUGAAGAACUGGUGUCUAACUUAAAAGUCUUCAACAAGCGGGACACAUGGAUAAAGUGUCUAAGAAUUGGUGGACUGUUCGGCAUAACAAACCUACACUAUGAAGACUUGAAGCUGCUUUUAGGCGUGAUGGAAAACACCACCCAACCUCCAAGUGUGCACCACAAUCCGCGAUUUUAUCAAGGGGGGCAGUUGUAUCUGUCUGUUGAUGAUGACUGGGCCAUUGACAUUGAGAUGUGCCCGAAGUGCCAGCAACUAAGGCUAGUGUAUGAUUGCCCUGCAGAGAGCUGCCAAGGGACCACCCACCAGGGCACGCAGAUGUGCAGGGCUUGCACUUUCUGCAACUCCCGGUGUAAAAGCUGUGGGUGCUGCUUGAGCAACUGUGAUUAUGAAGAGACCUUCUGUUUAGAGAACCGUUGUUUGGACUGUAUCCAGAAGUUUUUGCCCAAGCACCGGUUUUUCCACCCACAGGCGAGCUGUCAUUUCUUUCUGUGUGGCUAGAAGAUGUGUUUCCACCAUCUUGUUUUUAUUCUGGUUACUGCUCUACGUACAUGGUUGGCUGGCUUGGAGCCUUGUUAAGCAGUUGCCUCUUAUGGAUGGAAGGCCUGUAGGGUAGAAGUGAUGAAAAAACCCGUUCCCAUUGCCAGUUGCAUUGCGAUGGCACGAAAAUACAUAGAGCAGGGUUUUGAUUGGAUGCAUGAGUCUAGCCAGUGUUCUAACUAAAAAUCCUGCAUGAGUCCAGCCAGUGUUGUAACUAAUAAUCCUGAGAUUUUAAGCUCACUUAGCUAUAGUAGGUGUUAUCCCCGGCCUGACUCUUUAGAGAGUGAGGAUUGCUAUAGCUUUGAGGGAAUUCAUUGCAUGCAUGCCUGGAGGAGGAUUCUUAAAGUUUGAGUAUGGUUGAUGUAGCUGUUAGCAUAUAUGCAUUAAUAUGAUUAAUGAUUAAUUGUGUUUCCAUAUACUUGUGUGAUCACUAAUUAAGGGAGAAUUUAUGUGACAUAAUAUAAGGUUAUAAAAUAGCGUCGAUCAAUGAUCAUAGAAAAUGGAAUAUUGAUGAUAUAAUAUAAGAUUGGUA